AUGCGAAAUAGACAUCAGAGAAUCAAUGCUGAUUUGUAUUUCCUGUUUGAAAAUAUAUUUCUUUCUUUUACCAUUUUGUUUUUGUUUUUGUUUUGUUUUUCUUUUCUUUCCUUUCCCCAAUAUCAUUUUUUCCUUCCUUUAGCUCUUACUUUUAGUUCAUUUGCUUUUUACCUUUCUUUUCUCUUACUUUUAGUUCAUUUGCUUUUUACCUUUCUUUUGUUUGAUUUUUAUUUAAUUUUUUUUUUUUUUAUUUCUUAUCUAUUUUCUUUUUUUUUUUUUUUUUUUUCUUUCUUGCCUCUUACUUUUAGUUCAUUUGCUUUUUUACCUUUCUUUUGUUUGAUUUUUUAUUUAAUUUUAUUUUUUUUUCUUUAUUUCUUAUCUAUUUUUCUUUUGUUUUUUUUUCUCUUUCUAACUUGCCUCUUACUUUUAGUUCAUUUGCUUUUUACCUUUCUUUUGUUUGAUUUUUAUUUAAUUUUAUUUUUUUUUCUUUAUUUCUUAUCUAUUUUCUUUCUCUUACUUUUAGUUCAUUUGCUUUUUACCUUUCUUUUGUUUGAUUUUUAUUUAAUUUUAUUUUUUUUUCUUUAUUUCUUAUCUAUUUUCUUUUUUUUUUUUCUCUUUCUAACUUGCGUUUUUUUCUUUUUUCUUUUCUUUCCUUUCCCCAAUAUCAUUUUUUUCCUUCCUUUAGCUCUUACUUUUAGUUCAUUUGCUUUUACCUUUCUUUUCUUUUUCUUUUUUUCAUUUGAUUUAACCUUUCUUUUGUUUGAUUUUUAUUUAAUCAAUCUUAUCUAUUUUCUUUUGUUUUUUUUUUCUUUCUUUCUUUUAUGUGAUUUUUUUUUUAUUUUCUUUCCUCUUUGUUUCGUACUCCAUUCUUUUAUUUUUGUUUCGUUUUUUUUUCUUGUUAUAUACUUCUCUCCAUUUUCUUCCGUUGUUUUCUCUUUCUUUCUUCUUUUUCUUUUUAUUUCCUUUUCUAUUUAUUUUCUUUUUUUAAAACUAUUUCUAUUCCUUACAGAUUCUUCUUUCAGUUCCUAUUUCAUUCCACUUUUUUCAUUCUUUUUCAGCUGUUUAUUUCUUUCUUCUUUCUUCUUUUUCGUUCUUAAUUUGAUCUCUUUGCUCAAUUUGUUUCUUUCAUUCUGUUUGUUCUUUUCUUUUUUUUCUUCUUUUCGCUUUUCUUUCUUUAUCGUUUUCAUUCUCUUUCUACUUCCCUUUUUCUUUCUUUCUUUCUUUCUUUCUUAA